AUGUUGAAAUUACUGAUUUUUUUGGUUUACGCUCUGGAAGCUUUUCGCCCUGUUUUUCGGGAGGGAGAAUGCCCUGAUGAGGAUUUAGCAGUGCUGUGUGACAGCUACUGCUAUCUAGACUACAUCGAAUGCAAGGAUACAUGUGAGAGCGCGGGUUGCGAGAGGGAAUGUUUAAGCUCGUACACGGAUUGCUAUCGAGCUUGUCCCUGCUUCGAGCUUUGUAAAAACGGCUGCGUUGAUUGUCCUCACAGUGUCUGUACAUGCCGAUCGCCGGAAAUCAACAAUGUCGACUACCAGCAAUGCAUAAAGGAAGUCAAUCAAGAUUUCAAUUCGUGCUUUCGUAAUUGUACCGCCGAUGAAACCUGCUACAACGGAUGCACUCAGCUUCUUGUUGAAGAUUCUAGAAAAUGUCCUUGUAACAGUGGCUGUCCCCUUGGUUGCCCUUGCGAAAGUGGAUACACCUGCCAAAAAUAUAUCACUGCAAUGUGUCAGAGCAGUUCAAGUGGAUUUGUUGAUUUCAGUUACAUGAUGUCCGCUGAUGGUCAUAUACAGGCUUGUUUUGAAAUCCUCUUUUUUUUCAUUUCUCAGCUUCUUUCAAAACUUUAUCAAGGAAAACCGUUUUUACUCGUCCCCAUCAACAAGUACGCAGUUUCUUUAUAA